CAAAUAAAAAGAUGAAACUUCAAAUUUGAAGUUUUGAAAAGUGAAACUCUAUAUUUGGAGUUUCACUCUUCAAAACUUCAAAUUUGAAAUUUUGAAGAUUCUUUUUGGAGAGCAAAAAACUCUAUAUUUAGAAUUAUAGAGUUUUUUUUGGAGAUGUUCUAAGCACGGUCUGUUCAGUAAAGUUGUUUUUGUUGAGAAACUAUACAUGUAAAGUUGGAUUCUCAUUACCGGAUGCAAGGGAAUGAUCUAUCGAUGGAAUCCUAUCUCAAAAGUUUUCAACCAUGGCUCUAUAGUUCCUCUCCUAUAGGCUAUAUAGUCUCUGUUGUAGGUUUGUAGCAUCCCUCUUGCUCCUUUUAACUUUUAUCUUGUUCUCACAAACAAUUCCCGCUGAACAGCUUAUUUUUUGGAUUUUGUAAUAUCAACCAGAAUAGAAACUAGAAGAUAAAGUUCAAACAGUAUAGGAUUUAUAUAAAUUUAAUUUGAACAAAUAACUAAAGAUAAAUUCUCUACGAUAACACUAAAAAUGUUUUUAUCAUAAAUAUAAGACACAAUAGUCAAAAUAACCAAUGUGUUUUAUUAAAAAAAGAAAAUACGUUUAUAUUUUCAUGAUUAACUAAUCUAGAUUUAAGAAUUAAAUUUGAAGGACGAUAUUUUGGUUGGGGAGAUGCGUUUAAAAAAAAUAUUUAAAAUUUUCAAUAAUAAGUUUAAAAAUAGUUUCGAAAAUAAUUUUUUGAUUUAAAAAUAAAAUAUUGAAAAUAAAUCAAAAGUUCGAAUUGAAAAACGUAUUUUUGAAAAUACAAUUUUUUUAUUUAUUAUUAUUUAUUAAAAUAAUUAUUUAUAUUUAUAUAUUUAUAAAGUUAGAACAAAAUUGUCUUUUAUCUUUUUAGUGAAAUCUUUUUUAGUCACUUUUUUUUUUCUUGUAUGCUAUUUUGGUAAAAAUCUUAUUUAGUGUCUUUUAUGAGAACUGUCCAUAACUAAACAAUGUUGGUAUUCAUAAAUUUCAGGAAAAGCAUAACUCUGAGUCUCUCUAACCUAUCCGACCGUCUAUUAAACACACAUCUUUUUGGUAGAUUCCUUCUGUCCUCCACACAUGACUAGCCAUUAAUUUUUCUCUUAAACUUAGCCAAAAACAAUAUUUUUGUAAUGAUAACUGAACCGCGUAGAUUAGUAUAAUAAAAUGGAAGAUUAUAUAAAACGAAACGUUGGUUUCUAUUACAUGACAGAUCAUAUGCUAAAGUCAACACCUAAAUUUCCUUUAUAUUUUCCCCUAAUCUAGUACUCCCACAAUCGGUGUCUGCUAAAGACAAAAAAGCAACUACCUGGUGGAGCCGAGCACAUGUCCUAAAUCCUAAUUUUUAUUUUACUAUUUUAUACUAAAAUACACCCUAGGAUAUGUGUAACAUAUACGUAAUAUAUACGGUUUAUAAUUAUUGCGUAUAUAUAUAGUUUAACUAUAUAACAUGUUGUACUUUCCUAACACUUUCUUAUCAAAUUUUUAUUCCUCAUGCCCUCGUCUGCUAACGUGUUUGCACCACUUUUCACUUGCCCUAUAUAUAUAUGUGUGUGAUCUCCCUAUCCAUUCAGAUAUUAUAGUAUCGAAAAGAAACUUGAGAGAAAGAAAACGGCUAAGAAACUUAGGCACACACAAAGCACACUACUCUUUGAAAAUGAAUUCCCCCCACGAAAAGGUGGUGCAAGCUAUCCUUUAUGGACAUAGCUGUGCCAAGCGUUUGAAGCUCCGGCUAGAGGAUCCAAUGGCUGAUGACAGAUCGGUUUCAAGCUAUGAUCUUGCUAAAUCCAUCGUCCAUUGUUUUUCCAACGCCAUCUCAAUCUUAUCUGAUCAACCAAAAUCGGAGGAUGAUCAGGUUUCUGAAUUAUCUUCAAUGGAUUCUUCUCCUCCUCUUCCCCACUCCAAGAGAAGAAAGAUUAAUAGUACAAAUUCAACUAAGAACUGGAGGGACGAUUCACCGGAUCCCUACUACGACGGGUUUCUUUGGAGGAAAUACGGCCAAAAGUCUAUAAAAAACUCUAAAUACGAAAGGAGCUACUAUAGAUGUUCUUACAACAUAGAUCAUGACUGUGGAGCAAGAAAGCAUGAACAGCAGAUCAAAGAAAACCCUCCGGUGUACCGAACCACUUACUUUGGCCACCACAUUUGCAAGAUUAACCAUAAUCAUGAUGCUGUUUUCACUGCGGUUGAAGAUCAGGUAGAUGAUGCGGGAAGUUCCCGGAUUAUACGAUUCGGGAAAGAACUUGAUCAGGAGAAGGGAAGUCACUCGACCGGUUUUUCUUUAUCGGCUAAGCAUGAAGAAUCAAUCAUCAAAGAGGAAACCUGCACGGACCAGUACCGUGAGAUAACCGGUGAUGAUAAAGAUUGUCAACAUGUGAUGGAAGAGAAUCAGUCAUCACUAUCAAGUUCUUAUACUCCUCCGUUGUCAUCUGUCAGUGAAACUGACAUGUUUGAUUCAGAUCUGCUAUUGAACAACUUGGACUCGUGGGAUCGUUAUGGUUUGUUUGACUUUGGAGUUCACUAAAAAAAAUUCAGCUAAAGAAUCUCCUUUUACGAGAAAUAAUGAGAACUACGCGUAUGUAUGUUAUUGAAUAGUUUCUAUGAUUUUAUCGAGCAUGAGUAGAAUAUUUGAAGUGGGUUGUUGUAACAAAAUCAUUUGCUAGAGACAAAGUGUAAUACAUAUAUCCACCAAACCAGGAAAUAAAAAUAAAACAAAGUUUAGCCAACUUUGGGGUGUAAUAUCGCCAAGUCAAUGUUAGUUUUUGGCUGACUUGCUCGAUCAAAAGAAACUUCCUUCAUCGUCAUCCUAUAAUUUAUCUUUUUGUUUUUUUCUUUUACUUCUGCAGCCAAAUACGUAAAUGGAAAUUAUACUAGCUGCAUGACCACGUAAUACAAUUUUGAAAAUUAGAUAAAUAACAACUUGACUAAGCAUUAAAAACAAAUUUUUCCUAAGGGAAAAGGUUUGAUGUAAUAUAUAUGAAUUCUCCAUUCCAACGUUAGCAAGUCUUAUCAAAUGUUAUUUUUUUCAGUCCAAAUUUUAUCACUUUUAGAUCUUCAACAGUCAGCUCUUAGCAAAAUCCCCUUUCCUGCUGCGGUUUACAGUCCUAGGAAGGAACGUAAUUCCAGACUUCAUUGAGUCAUUCCUCGACCGGCAAGCCAUGCCUAUAUGACUAUUUCUACUGUAUAAUUUCAAACAACGCCCCAUUUGGUGAACAAUUCGCUCUUUAUGUUGUAUUUUCUUAGAUUUGCGUCUAGCUAUGUUUCUCUCGUUUUCUUAAAAAGGCGUCUAUUGAGUACUGACAACGAACGGAAAUGAGACAUAUGGGGACAUAAAACGUGGAUAUGGUGGAGAUCUUGUUAUCAGUCAAAAGAGAGUCACGUUCACUUCUCUUUCCAACAACUCUUUCCCUACAUUUGUUUGUCCGCACAAAGAAAGUAGCAUUACAAAUCGUAAAUAAUGCAGACCUGGUCUAGAAAUAUAAUACUAUAUAGUUGUUAACUAUGGUACGAUGUGCGCAGAGUUAUACAUAAAUGAACAUAGAGUACUAUAUGUAGGCAAAAAGACUACUCUAAAAAUUUAAUAUUUGUGAGUGAAGCCUUAUAUGGAAUUUUAUUUUGUAUUUGCUAAAUUUGGUUUUGCAGACGCAUUAAAUGUGCAUAAUUAAACUCUAAUUAGUGUUUAAAAAUCUCUUAAGAAUAGGAAAUAAUAAUCCGAAUCGGUGGAUUUUAUUUCUGAACGUCUACAUAGUUUUAGUUAUUGUUGUAAAAAAAAUGUUAUAAUAUUAUCUUUAGGUGUAGAUUUUAUUUAUGAACGUUAUCUAGAAAUUUAGUCAUAGUGCAUGAUAUACUUACACUAUAAAUGCAUUUUAUUAUAAAUCUUUCUUAUAGUAAUUAAUCCUGGGUCAGAGUCGUCCGACUAAUCUCAUGAGUGAAUCAAUCCGAUAGAGAAAGUUUAGCGUACCAAGCUUUCAACUACGCCAAAAACUGGGCUUGACUAGACUACACUGGAACGAUCUUAUUAGACUUGCUCGCAAGAACCAAACAAUACAAUUAAUUACAACCAACUGGAUAGAGCUGAACCUUUAAAGAACGCUAACCAAUAAACUAAUAAAUUUUAAUUUUGAUUUUUUUGCCUAAUUUAGUAUUAAUUUUUGGACCUGAACUUAUAUUUAAUAGUAUGCAUAAUGCAUACACUAAUAUAAAUAUAACAACAAAGUAUUGCAAAUAGUUAAUACUGCGAACUAAUAUGAACAAAAUAUGCAAAAUUCAAAAUACUAGUAUUAUUUAUAAAAUAGAUGGAAUAUUAUAAGAUUUUUUACUCAGGGUUAGCAAAAUAUCAAGACCCAUGUAAGAUUCCACGAUGAGGAGGAUGCAACUUAAUGACGUCGAUGUUUGAACCAACCCAAUGCCGUUAUCCAUGCCGUUAAUAAAAUCAAAAUAGCUGCAAUAAACAGAUUUGAUGAAGAUUCUUUAUUAAAAAAAAGAAACAGAUUAGAAAAAGAAAUAUUUUUUUUAAGAAGAAGAAAUAUUAAAUCUGAGGAUUGUUAUCUAUCUAAUAAAUAAAGUGGUAUGAUCCUCUCGAGUCUUAUAUGUUGAAGUCUAAAAUCUAUAAUUGAGUUUAGAGACUAAUCAAAAAAUAAUAAGUUAUACUUCUCUACUGGUUUUUAGCUCUCUUUUUUUAAUGAAAAUUUAGUUUUAGUUGUUUUGGCUCUUAAACUUUAUUGUAUUAUGUCUCUCACUUUACUCCAAUGAAGUUAUACUUCUCUAUUGAUUUAUAUCUCUUUCUUUUGGACUUUUGUCUUCAAAGAAGUAUAGGAUGAGUAUCCUACCAUAUAUUUUCAAUAGGAAUCUUCUGAAGAAGCUGCCUCUAGUAACCAAAAGAAAAAGAAUUGAAAGCUAAUAAAUAACCUAGACGAAUCGAUCACGUCGUAGUUAUCUCCUGACAAAAUACCUUUUAUAAGUUUGGUUAAAUUUAAUCAUUUUGGAACUGGUUUUGGGUUUUGCAUCAGUAUUUAACUUAAUCACAAACUACGCUGAAAAAUUCUUGUAUAAAUUCUAAUCCUAGUUAAUUAGUUAUGACAUAGGUGCAUAUAUAAUUCGUUUCAAAUUUGUGAUAAUUUAAAAUUUUGAUCAUAAGGAAUGUUUAGACUUUGCUGACUUUUUUUUAAUUUGAACGUCAGUUUGCAUGCUGUAUUGUUGGAAUAUAUAUUUAAGUCGAUGUCAAAAAAAAUGUAGGUAUAAAGUCAUAGUAUUACAAUAAAGUUAUAUUUUCGUCUGGCGACAAAAAAAAAGGGUUAUAUUUUCGUCUUAAUGUACAACUAUAUACCAUACCAUUUAACAUUUUCUUGUCAAGGAAAAAAAAAUCAAAAACUAGA